CACGGAUCAACUUCUCCAGUCUCUUCUCUGUGCCCAGGCGGGCGCUGCUCUUCCCGGGAGGCUCUUUUAAUGUAGUAUGUGCGAAAACUAGAGGCCGCUUUUAAAAAGUGCAGUUCAUUCUUCGGAAGACAAGCUGUACUAGCUGGGUGGAAAAAGUAGAUACUAUUUGGACUCCUCACUAUAUUCUCAGCUGUCACUCAACCAGGGACACUCCAUCACACACAAAGAAACAUCAAGAAGCACUUUCUGUGUCACUCCUGUUAGAUGUGGAACAGUUUGAGGAAAUAUCUCUGAAGCUAAGUACAGACAGUCAAAAAGCCCAAGGCUGACUCAGUUAAAUUUUUACAGGUAGAAGGAAUUGAAGACAAUUAUUUUGGCUGUUUGAAGAUGGAAAACAACAUAACUACUAUUUCUCGUGAAGAGCUGGAAGAGCUAAGAGAAGCAUUCAAUAAAAUAGAUAUUGACUGUAGUGGGUAUGUAAGCGAUUAUGAGCUUCAAGAUCUCUUUAAAGAAGCAAGCCUUCCCUUGCCUGGCUACAAAGUGCGAGAGAUCAUAGAAAAAAUUCUAUUUGUGACAGAUAGCAACAAGGAUGGGAAAAUCGAUUUUGAAGAAUUUGUCUCAAUUACUCAGGAACUGAAAAGUAAAGAUGUUAGCAAAUCAUUCCGAAAAUCAAUAAACAAGAAACAGGGUAUUACAGCAAUUGGAGGAACUUCACCAAUUUCCAGUGAGGGGACCCAGCAUUCUUAUUCAGAAGAAGAAAAGGUUGCUUUUGUUAACUGGAUAAAUAAAGCUCUGCGAGAUGACCCAGACUGUAAGCAUCUCCUUCCCAUGAAUCCAUCAGAUGAAAGUCUUUUUAAAUCACUUGCAGAUGGUAUCCUACUUUGCAAAAUGAUUAACUUAUCACAACCAGAUACAAUUGAUGAAAGGGUUAUUAACAAGAAGAAACUCACUCCUUUUACUGUUUCUGAAAACAUAAACCUUGCCCUGAAUUCUGCAUCAGCUAUUGGCUGUACAGUAGUCAACAUUGGAUCACAAGAUCUACAGGAAGGGAGACCACAUUUGGUAUUAGGGCUCGUGUGGCAGAUCAUUAAAGUCGGUCUUUUAGCUGAUAUCGAGCUCUCCAGAAAUGAAGCUCUUAUUGCUUUGCUAAAUGAAGGGGAAGACCUGGAGCAGUUACUGAAACUUUCCCCAGAAGAGCUGUUGCUGCGCUGGGUAAACUACCACCUGUCAAAUGCAGGAUGGCAGGAAAUAAACAAUUUCAGUCAGGACAUUAAGGAUUCAAGAGCCUACUACCAUCUCCUGAAUCAGAUUGCACCCAAAGGAGACAAAGAUUAUGAAAUUCCCAUUGACCUUUCAGGGUUUGAUGAGAAAAAUGAUCUGAAGAGAGCUGAACGCAUGCUUCAGGAAGCAAACAAACUGGGCUGCAGACAGUUUGUUACUCCAGCUGAUGUGGUUGCAGGCAACCCUAAACUUAAUUUGGCUUUUGUUGCAAAUCUCUUUAAUACAUAUCCAGCCCUACACAAGCCUGAUAGCUCUGCUUAUGACCUCAAUUUAAUAGAAGGUGAAAGUAAAGAAGAGAGGACCUUCCGAAACUGGAUGAAUUCUUUGGGUGUAACUCCAUAUGUUAACCACUUGUACCGUGAUCUUUCGAAUGCCUUAAUAAUCUUCCAACUAUAUGAGAUGAUUUGUGUCCCAGUAGACUGGAACCAGGUCAACAAACCUCCAUAUCCUGCACUUGGUGGUAACAUGAAAAAGAUUGAGAAUUGCAAUUAUGCAGUGGAACUUGGGAAGACAAAGGCCAAAUUCUCCCUAGUUGGUAUUGGUGGACAGGACUUAAAUGAGGGCAAUCGAACUCUGACCUUGGCAUUGGUGUGGCAGCUGAUGAGAAGGUAUACUUUGAAAGUACUAUCAGACCUUGGAGAAGGGGAAAAAGUAAAUGAUGACGUUAUUAUUAAAUGGGUUAAUCAAACACUUGCAAAUGCAAAUAAAAAAACCUCAAUUACCAGCUUCAAGGACAGAUCUAUUAGCACUAGUUUGCCUGUCCUAGAUUUAAUAGAUGCCAUUGCACCAAAAGCAAUUCGUCAAGAAAUGGUCAAGAGAGAAGAUCUUUCUGAUGAAGACAAAUUGAAUAAUGCUAAAUAUGCCAUUUCGGUUGCUCGAAAGAUUGGUGCCCGCAUAUAUGCCCUACCAGAUGAUCUGGUAGAAGUGAAGCCAAAAAUGGUUAUGACGGUGUUUGCAUGCUUGAUGGGGAGAGGACUGAACAAAGCAAUAUAAUGAAGACAUUAGUUUUUUUUUUCCUGCCAUGCUAAGUAUGAUAAAUGCCUCACAGUUUACAGAAUUCUGAAGUUUUAAUGGGUGUAAAACCAGAGAUAAAUUUGUAUGCUGAAGUACAGAUAGAUAAUUAAUUACAUUUUAAUAACUUGUUUAUAUUUAGUUAAGGUUUCAUAAAAUAUGAUUUAUGUAUGUGUUAAUCCUUUAUCCAGAAUACAUGCAUUACCAUAUUAAGAUUAGAUUGCUGUAUUGUUCUUUUUUAAACAAAAAAAGUCUUGUAAAUCAAUUCUAGCUCAUACUGUUUUCAUAGUGUGAAAAAGAUCCCCAGCUUUUAAAAUACUGUUUCAGGAUCUGCUAUGACACAAUUUGAUUUUUGUGGUUGUUAUUUCCAUGUGGUCAUAUUUGUGCACAAGUGCAUUCCAACACUAUUGUAAUCUCCCAAACUGCACAAAAAUCAGCAUGUACCUCGAUAGGUCUGAUCCAAUUCCUGUUGAAAUCGAUAAGAGUCUUGCCACAGAGGUUAAUGGGGUCAGGCCAUGAUAUUGUGUGGAAUUUACAAUGAUAUUUCUCAUAAAAUUGUUCAAUGUUUUGAAUGGGAACAAACUCCUAGAUGUAUGUGGUAGUCUGUUUUCUUAAAAAGCAAGAAUACAUUCACCAAAGUGAAGAAUAAAUUAUUUUUAUGACUCCUAAUUUAAGAAAGAAACAGAAAAUAGUAAACCAAAAUGUAACAAUGUCAUUAUUAGAAUAUUUGCAUAGACUUAACCAUUGCAGUUGGAAAAAAUAGGGGAAAUUUCAUAAAGUAUUCUAUAAAAAAUCAGUAAAGAUAGCAUGCCAACCCAGUUUGGGGACUUGCCUUAAGUGUAACAUUUUUUAAAUAUGCGUCUGUCUCUCUGUCAUUGAUUUUUAUGCUGGAAACUUAUAAAAUCAAUACACUGUACUGGCUUCUGGCAGUAAAGCCAUAUUUCUUAAUAUGACUGAAAUAUGAAUUUGUAUUCUUGUUCUGUAGUUAUAAAUUUUAAUCUAAAACUUCUGGAACCUUUAACUUUUAUUAAAGUAAUUUUUAAGAUGAGCCAAAUAAGAUGAAAUUCCCAACUAAAUCCUCAGUAAAUAUAGAGUCAAAUAUAUAUAUAGAAAAGUAAUUUUCUAUAUAUAUAUUUGACAAAAACUGAUAUACAAACAUUACAAGCAACUCAAAGGCUAGAAAUAGAUAUUGCCAAAUUAAGUGGAUCAGCCAUGCUGGGAAGUGUCCAGGCACAACUGAUCUGCUUCACUGUGGAAAACACAUUGUCCUGUCAACUGAUCUUGUGGGACAACAGGCAACCUAACCUGUUCCCCACUUAGAGACGCAUCCACCACGCUCCCCAUGUCAAAUUCACUCUGGUGCCAUCCUAGGGCUGGGACCACCAGUUAGGAUGGCGCCAAAGUGUCAAACUGGUGCUCCUCUUUGACACAAAGAAGAAACAUGGCUUCUGUCUUUAGUGCAUAAGAGGAUUCUGGGGAGUUCGGAAAAUUAGAAAUGGGCUACAGAACCUUUGUCUGUGUUUUGCUAAUUCAUAUAUACCUCCAGACCAUAAUAUGAAGCUAUUAGCUUGUGAUAAUUACCAGAUUUCUAUCCUUGGUUCUAGAAAAAAAUAUCCAAACAGAAAGCCAGGAAACUGAAUGAUCUAGCACUAAAUGUGUGACACUUAGUUCAGAUUCAUACAGAGACAAGCGUAUCAAAGGUUGGAAGACCUUAUUUGAGAUAUACAGAAUCAAGAGGCUUUUCACUCGUCCUUCAUACUACAAGAACUAAUUCUUUGCAGUAUCAUUGUCCACAUCUUGCAGGUUAUACAAAUUUCUCUCUUCAGGACUCGCAACUGGUUGCUGUGAAAACUAGGGGUGUGUGAAGCUUCAGUCGCUGAUUCAAUUUGGCAGAGAUUCGGCCCGAUUCAACAGCUGAAUCUCCAAAUCUGAAUGUAACCAGGAGACCCUGUCAACUCUCUGAAUCAGAACCCUCCAAAUCAAUUGAGAGCUUCAGAAGUAGACACAACUUUAUAUGGGUUUUUUUCUACAUACAUCAAGGUACCAGGUGGCUUGUGAAUGCUGAGAUGGUUGGGUGGAUGGAGCAUCCCCUGAAUCACUGUCCCCUGAAUCAGGCCGAAUCUGACUCGAAUAUGGCCCACUUCACACACCCCUAGUGCAAAUCCUAUUGUUUUGUUAUAAAGUACUGCUCUGCCAUUGUAAUGUGUACGUACGUAUACGGGCAUGUGUGCGGGGUGCAUGCAUGCAUUUUACAGGUACACACACACACACACAUACCCUCCCAGACCUUUUCUUUGUUUACCUCAUUUAUUUUGGUGAAACUGAAGCUUGCUUUCAAGGUAAAACUAAUUGCUUUGACAAGUUUGUCUUGAAAUGUUCUCAACAUAAAGAGCCUGACAUCAGAGGUUAUAAAGUCUGAGGCUCCAGGACCUGAAGGCAGCAGAAUGGAUGGUGUGUAAUCAUCUGAAAGGAAUCUGAAGUUCUAGAGUAAAGUUUCCUCUGAGGAGUACAAGUGAUUCCACUGACUGAAAAUAAUAAAUUAAAAGUAAAACAUGACCCCAGUCCCCCCUUGCCCCCCCCCAAAAAAACACCCCAAAAACAAAAACAGUCCAGAUUGAUUUAUGUGAAUCAUUGUAGUUGAGGUAAAGUUAAUUAUAUAUUACAUCUACGGAGGAUCUGGCCUCAUGCCCCUGAAUGCUGUGGACUGGCUGAGUAGAGAGAUCUAAAGUCCUGCAUCCCUUAGUAAAUCAACAAUCAACAAUAAGGACUCGUACCAUGUUGAAAAUGAACUUGAGUGAAAGACAGAUCAAUAUUUCAGAAAUAUUUGUUUCCAGAUUAGGGGCUAAACAGAUGCAUUAGACUUAUCUUGAGGAUGCCUUUGUAAACAAUCUACUGCUUUUUGGCCUCUCGCUUGUGUAUCACCUCAUGGAAAAUAAAUUCUAUUCCUGUCUUUCUACUUA